GCCGCCUCUUCCAAGAGCUCGCGAGGCUCCCCGGAGGCGGUGGUCCCCGCGCUCGGCUGGAUGCGGCUCUGAGUCUCCGUGUGUCUUUCUGCUUGUUGCUGUGUGCGGGUGUUCGGCCGCGAUCACCUUUGUGUGUCUUCUGUCUGUUUAAACUUCAGGAUGGCUCGCUUCGGGGAGGCGGUGGUCGGCAGGCCGGGGUCGGGCGAUGGAGACUCGGACCAGAGCAGGAACCGGCAAGGAACCCCGGUGCCGGCCUCCGGGCCGGCGGCCGCCUACAAGCAGUCGAAAGCGCAGAGGGCGCGGACUAUGGCUUUGUACAACCCCAUUCCCGUCCGGCAGAACUGUUUCACCGUCAACAGAUCCCUGUUCAUCUUCGGAGAAGAUAACAUUGUCAGGAAAUACGCCAAGAAGCUCAUCGAUUGGCCGCCAUUUGAGUACAUGAUUUUGGCCACCAUCAUUGCCAACUGCAUUGUCUUGGCCCUGGAACAGCAUCUUCCUGAGGAUGACAAGACCCCGAUGUCCCGCAGACUGGAGAAGACAGAACCGUAUUUCAUUGGGAUCUUUUGCUUUGAAGCUGGUAUCAAAAUUGUGGCCCUGGGGUUCAUCUUCCAUAAGGGCUCGUACCUCCGCAAUGGCUGGAAUGUCAUGGACUUCAUCGUGGUCCUCAGUGGCAUCCUGGCCACAGCAGGAACCCACUUCAACACACAUGUGGACCUGAGGACCCUCCGGGCUGUGCGUGUCCUGAGACCCCUGAAGCUCGUGUCAGGGAUACCUAGCCUGCAGAUUGUGCUGAAGUCCAUCAUGAAGGCCAUGGUGCCUCUUCUGCAAAUUGGUCUUCUGCUCUUCUUUGCCAUCCUGAUGUUUGCUAUCAUUGGCUUGGAGUUCUACAGUGGGAAGUUACACCGUGCAUGUUUCACGAACAAUUCAGGUAUUCUGGAAGGAUUUGACCCCCCUCACCCAUGUGGUGUUCAGGGCUGCCCAGCUGGUUAUGAGUGCCGGGACUGGAUUGGCCCCAAUGAUGGGAUCACCCAGUUUGAUAACAUCCUUUUUGCUGUGCUGACUGUCUUCCAAUGCAUCACCAUGGAAGGGUGGACCACCGUGCUGUACAAUACCAAUGAUGCCUUAGGAGCCACCUGGAACUGGCUGUACUUCAUCCCCCUCAUCAUCAUUGGAUCCUUCUUUGUUCUCAACCUAGUUCUGGGAGUGCUCUCCGGGGAAUUUGCCAAAGAGAGAGAGAGAGUGGAGAACCGGAGAGCAUUCAUGAAACUGCGGAGGCAGCAGCAGAUUGAGCGCGAGCUGAAUGGGUACCGCGCCUGGAUAGACAAAGCAGAGGAAGUCAUGCUCGCUGAAGAAAAUAAAAAUGCCGGGACGUCAGCCUUAGAAGUGCUUCGAAGGGCAACCAUCAAACGGAGCCGGACGGAGGCCAUGACUCGAGACUCCAGUGAUGAGCACUGUGUUGACAUCUCCUCUGUGGGCACACCUCUUGCCCGAGCCAGCAUCAAAAGUGCGAAGGUGGAUGGGGCCUCCUAUUUCCGGCACAAAGAAAGGCUUCUGCGCAUCUCUAUCCGCCACAUGGUUAAAUCCCAGGUGUUUUACUGGAUUGUGUUGAGCCUUGUGGCUCUCAACACUGCCUGCGUGGCCAUCGUCCAUCACAACCAGCCCCAGUGGCUCACCCAUCUCCUCUACUAUGCAGAAUUUUUGUUUCUGGGACUGUUCCUCUUGGAGAUGUCCCUGAAGAUGUAUGGCAUGGGGCCUCGACUUUAUUUUCACUCUUCAUUCAACUGUUUUGAUUUUGGGGUCACAGUGGGCAGUAUCUUUGAAGUGGUCUGGGCAAUCUUCAGACCUGGUACAUCUUUUGGAAUCAGUGUCUUGCGAGCUCUCCGGCUUCUAAGAAUAUUUAAAAUAACCAAGUAUUGGGCAUCUCUGCGAAAUUUGGUGGUCUCCUUGAUGAGUUCUAUGAAGUCUAUCAUCAGUUUGCUCUUCCUCCUCUUCCUCUUCAUCGUUGUCUUUGCUCUCCUAGGAAUGCAGCUGUUUGGAGGCAGGUUUAACUUUAAUGAUGGGACUCCUUCGGCAAACUUUGACACCUUCCCUGCAGCCAUCAUGACUGUAUUCCAGAUCCUAACAGGGGAGGACUGGAAUGAGGUGAUGUACAAUGGGAUCCGUUCCCAGGGUGGGGUCAGCUCAGGCAUGUGGUCAGCUAUCUAUUUCAUUGUGCUCACCUUGUUUGGAAACUACACACUGCUGAAUGUGUUCUUGGCCAUUGCUGUGGACAAUCUGGCCAAUGCCCAAGAGCUGACCAAGGAUGAGCAAGAAGAGGAGGAGGCUUUCAACCAGAAACAUGCAUUGCAGAAGGCCAAGGAGGUCAGCCCGAUGUCUGCACCCAACAUGCCCUCUAUCGAAAGAGACAGAAGGAGAAGACACCACAUGUCGAUGUGGGAGCCACGCAGCAGCCACCUGAGGGAGCGGAGGCGCCGGCACCACAUGUCGGUGUGGGAGCAGCGCACCAGCCAGCUGAGAAGGCACAUGCAGAUGUCCAGCCAGGAGGCCCUCAAUAAAGAGGAGGCCCCACCAAUGAACCCCCUCAACCCCCUCAACCCGCUGAGUCCCCUCAACCCACUCAAUGCCCACCCCAGCCUCUACCGGAGACCCAGGCCCAUCGAGGGCCUGGGCCUGGGCCUGGAGAAGUGUGAGGAGGAGCGCAUCAGCCGUGGGGGGUCCCUCAAGGGGGAUAGAGGGGACCUGUCAAGCGCCCUGGACGACCAGAGGAGCCCCUUGUCCCUGGGCAAGCGGGAGCCACCGUGGCUGGCCAGGCCCUGUCAUGGCAACUGUGACCCGACCCAGCCAGAGGCUGGGGGAGGGGAGACCGUGGUGACCUUCGAGGACCGCGCCAGACACAGGCAGAGCCAGCGGCGCAGCCGGCACCGUCGGGUCAGGACAGAAGGCAGGGAGCUCUCCUCCACCUCCCGGAGCAGGUCUGCCAGCCAGGAGCGGAGUCUGGAGGAGGCGGUGCCCCCCAAGGGGGAGAAGGACUGCGAGCCCAGGGGCAGCCAUGCGGCCAAGGAACCCACAAUCCAGGAAGAAGAGCGAGGCCAAAACUUAAGGAGGACCAACAGUCUGAUGGUGCCCAGAGGCUCCGGGCUGGCAGGAGCCCUCGACGAGGACAACAUGCCCCUGGUCCUGCCCCAGCUGGAGCUGGAAGUGGGGAAGGACAUGGUGCUGACUGAGCAGGAGGCGGAGGGCAGCAGUGAGCGGGCCCUGCUGGGCGACGUGCAGUUGGACAUGGGCAGGGCCAUCAGCCAGAGUGAGCCCGACCUCUCCUGUGCCACCAACAUAGACAAGGCCACCACCGCAAGCACCAGCGUCACUGUCGCCAUCCCCGACGUGGGCCCCUUGGUGGACUCAACUGUGGUUCACAUUAGCAACAAGGCUGAUGGAGAAGCCAGUCCCCUGAAGGAGGCAGAGAUCAAAGAGGAGGAGGAGGAGGUGGAGAAGAAGCAGAAGAAGGAGAAGCGUGAGACGGGCAAAGCCAUGGUGCCCCACAGCUCCAUGUUCAUCUUCAGCACCACCAACCCGAUCCGCAGGGCCUGCCACUACAUCGUGAGCCUGCGCUACUUUGAGAUGUGCAUUCUCCUGGUGAUCGCGGCCAGCAGCAUCGCCCUGGCAGCCGAGGACCCCGUCCUGACCAACUCGGAGCGCAACAAAGUCCUGAGGUAUUUUGACUAUGUUUUCACUGGCGUGUUCACCUUUGAGAUGGUCAUAAAGAUGAUAGACCAGGGCUUGAUCCUGCAGGACGGGUCCUACUUCCGAGACCUGUGGAACAUCCUGGACUUCGUGGUGGUGGUUGGCGCAUUGGUGGCCUUUGCUUUGGCGAACGCUUUGGGAACAAACAAGGGGCGAGACAUCAAGACCAUCAAAUCUCUGAGGGUCCUCCGAGUUCUUAGGCCGCUGAAGACCAUCAAGCGCUUGCCCAAGCUCAAGGCUGUCUUCGACUGUGUGGUGACCUCCUUGAAGAACGUCUUCAACAUCCUCAUUGUCUACAAGCUCUUCAUGUUCAUCUUUGCUGUCAUUGCAGUCCAGCUCUUCAAGGGAAAAUUCUUUUAUUGCACAGACAGUUCCAAAGACACAGAGAAGGAGUGCAUAGGCAACUAUGUAGAUCAUGAAAAAAACAAGAUGGAAGUUAAAGGCCGGGAAUGGAAGCGCCAUGAAUUCCACUAUGACAACAUUAUCUGGGCCCUGCUGACCCUCUUCACCGUCUCCACAGGGGAAGGAUGGCCUCAAGUCUUACAGCAUUCUGUUGAUGUGACAGAGGAAGACCGAGGACCAAGCCGCAGCAACCGCAUGGAGAUGUCCAUCUUUUACGUGGUCUACUUUGUGGUCUUCCCUUUCUUCUUUGUCAAUAUCUUUGUGGCUCUCAUCAUCAUCACCUUCCAGGAGCAAGGGGACAAGAUGAUGGAGGAGUGCAGCCUGGAGAAGAACGAGAGGGCGUGCAUCGAUUUCGCCAUCAGCGCCAAACCUCUCACCCGCUACAUGCCGCAGAACAGACACACUUUCCAAUACCGCGUGUGGCACUUCGUGGUGUCCCCGUCCUUCGAGUACACCAUCAUGGCCAUGAUCGCCUUGAACACUGUCGUGCUGAUGAUGAAGUACUACUCUGCUCCCUGUACCUAUGAACUGGCCCUGAAGUACCUGAAUAUUGCCUUCACCAUGGUGUUCUCCCUGGAAUGUGUCCUAAAGAUCAUCGCGUUCGGCUUCCUGAACUAUUUUCGAGAUACCUGGAAUAUCUUUGACUUCAUCACGGUGAUUGGCAGUAUCACAGAAAUCAUUCUGACAGACAGUAAGCUGGUGAACACCAGUGGCUUCAACAUGAGCUUUCUGAAGCUCUUCCGAGCCGCCCGCCUCAUCAAGCUUCUACGGCAGGGCUACACCAUCCGUAUUUUACUUUGGACCUUUGUGCAGUCCUUUAAGGCCCUCCCUUAUGUCUGCCUUUUGAUUGCCAUGCUUUUCUUCAUCUAUGCCAUCAUUGGGAUGCAGGUAUUUGGAAACAUAAAAUUAGAUGAGGAGAGUCACAUCAACCGGCACAACAACUUCCGGAGUUUCUUUGGGUCCCUCAUGUUACUCUUCAGGAGUGCCACAGGUGAGGCCUGGCAGGAGAUAAUGCUGUCGUGCCUCGGGGAGAAAGGCUGCGAGCCCGACACCACUGCACCUUCGGGGCAGAACGAGAAUGAGCGCUGUGGCACAGAUCUGGCCUACGUUUACUUUGUCUCCUUCAUCUUCUUCUGCUCCUUCUUGAUGCUCAACCUGUUCGUGGCCGUCAUCAUGGACAACUUUGAGUACCUGACUCGGGACUCCUCCAUCUUAGGGCCUCACCACUUGGACGAGUUUGUCCGCGUCUGGGCAGAAUAUGACAGAGCUGCAUGUGGCCGCAUCCAUUACACUGAGAUGUAUGAAAUGCUGACUCUCAUGUCACCACCGCUAGGCCUCGGCAAGAGAUGUCCCUCCAAAGUGGCAUAUAAGAGGUUGGUCCUGAUGAAUAUGCCAGUAGCCGAGGACAUGACAGUCCACUUCACCUCCACACUUAUGGCUCUGAUCCGGACAGCUCUGGACAUCAAAAUUGCCAAAGGUGGUGCAGACAGGCAGCAGCUAGACUCGGAGCUGCAAAAGGAGACCCUGGCCAUCUGGCCUCACCUGUCCCAGAAGAUGCUAGAUCUGCUUGUGCCCAUGCCCAAAGCCUCUGACCUGACUGUGGGCAAAAUCUAUGCAGCAAUGAUGAUCAUGGACUACUAUAAACAGAGUAAGGUGAAGAAGCAGAGGCAGCAGCUAGAGGAACAGAAAAAUGCACCCAUGUUCCAGCGCAUGGAGCCCUCAUCUCUGCCUCAGGAGAUCAUUGCCAAUGCCAAAGCCCUGCCCUAUCUCCAGCAGGACCCUGUUUCAGGCCUGAGUGGCCGUAGCGGGUACCCUUCGAUGAGUCCGCUCUCCCCCCAGGAAAUAUUCCAGUUGGCUUGUAUGGACCCAGCCGAUGGACAAUUCCAGGAACAGCAGUCUCUGGAGCCAGAGGUUAGUGAAUUAAAAAGCGUGCAGUCCUCUAACCAUGGCAUCUACCUUCCUUCGGACACCCAGGAGCAUACGGGAUCGGGGAGGGCAUCCUCUAUGCCACGCCUGACUAUGGAUCCCCAGGUGGUGACAGAUCCCAGCUCCAUGAGACGUUCAUUUUCCACGAUUCGGGAUAAGCGUUCAAAUUCCUCAUGGUUAGAGGAAUUCUCCAUGGAGAGAAGCAGUGAAAACACCUACAAGUCACGUCGUCGGAGUUACCACUCCUCACUGAGACUGUCAGCUCAUCGCCUGAAUUCUGACUCAGGCCACAAGUCUGACACCCACCGCUCAGGGGGCAGAGAGCGGGGACGGUCGAAAGAGCGAAAGCAUCUUCUCUCUCCCGAUGUCUCCCGCUGCAACUCAGAGGAGCGAGGGACCCAGGCCGACUGGGAGUCCCCGGAGCGCCAGCAGUCCAGGUCUCCCAGUGAGGGCCGGUCACAGACCCCCAACAGACAGGGCACAGGUUCCCUGAGUGAAAGCUCCAUCCCCUCCAUCUCUGACACCAGCACCCCAAGACGAAGUCGCCGGCAGCUCCCACCUGUUCCCCCAAAGCCGCGGCCCCUCCUUUCCUACAGCUCCCUGCUGCACCACACCGGGAGCAUCUCCCCGCCGCCGGCUGACGGAAGCGAGGGCGGCUCCCCGCUCACCUCCCAGGCGCUGGAGAGCACGGAGGCCGGCCUGGUGGAGGCUCCCGGCUCCCGGCUCGGCCAGCAGGGCCCGCACUGCUCCCCUCAGCGCUACAUCUCCGAGCCCUACCUGGCCCUGCACGAAGACUCCCACGCCUCGGACUGUGGCGAGGAGGAGACGCUCACCUUCGAAGCUGCCGUGGCCACCAGCCUGGGCCGCUCCAACACCAUUGGCUCGGCGCCGCCACUGAGGCAUGGCUGGCAGAUGCCCAACGGGCACUAUCGGCGGUGGCGGCGCGGGGGGCCUGGGCCCGGCGUCAUGUGUGGGCCUGUCAGCGACCUCCUGAGUGACACGGAAGAAGACGACAAGUGCUAGAGGCUGCUCCCCCCUCCGAUGCAUGCUCUUCUCUCCACCGAGUUGGGAAGCCAGUGCUGCCCGGGGGGGAGGAAGAUGGGAGGACACCGUGCAUCAUCAGACGAGAGGAACCAAGGGACACCAGGAAAACCAGGGGCACCUGCCCCAUUGCUUUACUUCCCUUUGCAAGAUGGGCCCUGCCCGCGUGCUGCCUCUUUGCUGGGGACAGGAAAUUUGAGAAGGUGCAGGGGGCUUCCCGUGGCAGGAGGGACAUGAGGAUGGCUUUGCUUCCCCUUGCCCCUUCCCCCUUUGCUGUCA